AUGCCGUAUUCUCCGCUUUCCGCCGCGGGCAGGGUCCUCGGGCAUACGCUGACGUUGCGCGGCGCCGGGGUGCUUCCUUCUCGGGUUUACCCCACCGCGGAGGCCAUGUUGCGGUAUGGGUUACCCCUUCGCACCUCCACCUAUCUCCCCUUGCUGACGCGGACGAACUAUCCCAUCUCGAGCACCUUUCCGUUGGAAAUUUUGUUCGAUUCGGAGCGGGAGUUUAUCGAGACGAAACGGGUGUUAACGCAACCCACCGGUUCCUCCUCUGCUUCCGGCGCCACGACGGAGGCGGUGAACCGCGCGAGGGAUCUCCAGAAGCACAUCACCAGUACCGAUGUCGGUUCGCACGUCGUCACCACCUUUAAUUCCGCCCCGAUGUUGGAUCGCAUCGUGAAGGAGGCUCAAAAAACGCUCCGAUAUCGGAUGCACACCUACUGCGAGUCGUAUUCGAUGGAGGCGGACGAUUGGAAGGAACAUAUUGAGGAUGUUUUAAGGAUAUAUGAUGAUUACCGCCACGAAGAAACGGGCAAUGGUGAUUCUGACAUGGAAGACUAA